AACGCUUGGUUCCAGCGCCUUGGACGUUCUAGUUAAUGCUACAUAGACCUUUUCCAGUCUCGACGUCUCCCUUACUCUUUCUGUCGACCCUUUUUAUUUUUCUUUACUUGUUUCAGUUCCUUUCUUCUAAAUUUCUUCAGGGGUCUGCGAUCCUUUAUUACUCUGUUGUGCAACAAAUUUUUGUCCUCCCGCUCUCGCUGUCGCAUUGGUCUAGGCGGUAAUAAGGAACCUGUGGCUGCCUUUAAGAUCUAGGAGCCCCUAGGUUCCUUUGUCUCUGGGGCGCUCUUUCUCAGGCUACUGAUGCGAUUAGCUUCGGAGAGAUGAAUAGGCAUCACGCCUUCACAAACGGCUACGCUGCCUACCCCCGCGGGCAGGGCAGCACCUUUUCCAUUUCUCCCCACCGCUUCCAACCGCGUUCACAACCUGCUCUGCGACGACGAAGACAACUUAUUCAGCGACUAUUCCUGAUUGGUGGCGUCUCUUUAUUGCUCCUCGUCCUGAUCUUUCCUUCCUGGAGAGCUGCGAUCCUCCCAGUAGUAUCCCUGGGGCUUCUUUCUUCCACGGAAGACCUACAAUUACAAACUAUCCGAUAUUAUGACCUCUCCGCAGUUCAGGGUUCCGCAGAUGGAUGGGAGAAAGAGGAGCGUGUGCUUAUGUGCACGCCUCUUAGGGAUGCGUCGUCCCACCUGCCUAUGUUUUUUUCACAUCUUCGAAACCUUACCUACCCCCAUAAUUUGAUCGACCUAGCCUUUCUCGUUUCAGAUUCGAAGGACAAUACGAUGGAAAUGUUAACCAGCAUGCUAGAGGAGCUCCAGGCCGAUUCCGACCCGACGAUGCCGUUCGGUGAAAUUUCGGUUAUUCAGAAGGAUUUCGGACAGAAAGUGACACAGGAUGUAGAGAGUAGACAUGGGUUCGCUGCGCAAGCUGGGCGGAGAAAGUUGAUGGCUCAGGCAAGAAACUGGCUGCUGAGUGCUACUCUCCGGCCGACUCACAGCUGGGUCUAUUGGAGGGAUGCCGAUGUGGAAACAGCGCCAUUUACCAUCAUAGAAGACCUUAUGAGACAUGAUAAGGAUGUUAUUGUGCCGAAUGUCUGGCGGCCACUUCCGGACUGGCUGGGUGGGGAGCAGCCGUACGAUCUGAACUCUUGGCAAGAGUCGGAAACUGCUCUGGCCCUGGCUGAGACAUUGGAUGAGGACGCGGUGAUUGUUGAAGGUUAUGCUGAGUAUGCAACGUGGCGGCCUCAUCUUGCAUACCUACGCGACCCAUACGGUGACCCUGAUAUGGAAAUGGAGCUCGAUGGGGUCGGCGGUGUCAGUAUUCUCGCGAAAGCGAAAGUGUUCCGUGCUGGAGUUCAUUUCCCGGCGUUUAGCUUCGAAAAGCAUGCCGAGACCGAAGCAUUUGGCAAGAUGGCCAAACGCAUGGGAUUCUCGGUCGUAGGCCUCCCGCAUUAUACUAUCUGGCACCUUUACGAGCCCAGCGUGGACGAUCUUCGACACAUGGAGGAAAUGGAGCAAGAACGCAAAGCACGCGAAAAAGAAGAGAGAGAGCAAGCGGAGCGGUCAGAGCGUGUCAAUGCUAUGUUCCGGGAUACCAAAACCGAAUCGGAGAUCGACAACGCUUUUAUUCACGACGACAUGGAAACAGAGAAAAAAGAGAAGACAGCUGCGGAAACGGAAAAUCCGAAGAAGCCGGAAGCUGAAAGUGUUGAGGAAUUUCCUGCCGCUAAGCCUUUGAAAGUGCCAGGACAGGAGGAACAGAAAGCCCCAGAGUCUCUGAAGGGCAAAGACUUGAAAGAUGCUGAGGAGGUCCCUGCAAUAAAACCAGCUCAGGAACACGCUGGGGCUACACACGAUGAGCAAUUAAAGCAGAAGGAGUAAUGAUGCAAUGCUCACUUUUUCUGUUCUUCGAGUAUCCGGUAGCAAAAAGCCUGAGACAAGAGUCCGUGAGUAGCGGGCAACAUUACUGCCUCUUGCACCUCACCAGUCUCUGUGCUGGUCACAGUGUGGCUUUCUCAUUCUUAUUUAAAACAUGCUGUCAAUCAUCAGCGCCCUACUGUAUAUUUGCUUGAGUGUUUUGGGGCUUGGCUUAUGCAUCUGAUUUUGGAUUGAUUUGUAGGUCUGAUAUUGGGAAGCACUCCGUUUAUUUUUCUUUUUUUCCUUUUUCCUUUUCGCUGCCUUCAUAUGUACUGAUAUAAAUGAUCCUAUUACGUUACUCCAGACGAAAUCAGUUGCUAUCUC